AUGGCCAUCACUGAAGUGAAUCUCUGGUUCGCUGCUGGUGUUUUGUUCGCAGUGUACCUCGCAACCACAAUCGUUUAUCGCCUCUACUUCCAUCCUCUCGCCAAAUUUCCAGGCCCGACAUUGGCGGCGAUAACAGACUACUGGGAGCUGUAUCAGGAUUUCUUUCGCGAAGAAGGUGGUCAUUUGUAUCUUGAGCUGGAUAAGCUGCAUGAGAAAUAUGGACCCGUCGUUCGGAUCAGGCCCAAUGAAGUCCACGUCAAAGACUCGCAUUGGAUGGACGUUCUCUAUCCCGGGUCUCUGGAGCGUCGUGAUAGAGAUCCGCUCGUGGGCACAGCAAUCGGCACUCCGUACGCAACAAUCGGAACCGGCCCACACGCUCUCCAUCGCAUACGAAAAGCCGCCAUAGCCCCUUUCUUCUCCAGCCGCUCAGUUGCCGAAAUGGAAGAAAUGCUGCAAGAUCGGGCAUCAAUUUUUUGCCAGACACUUGAAAACCAAAUCAGCAAAGUCUUGGAUAUGCGCGUGUUUUUUUUCGCCUGGACAACGGACUUUAUCACCGGGCAGAUUUUCGGAAACAGUGCGGGUGUGUUCUGGGACGGCGAGCGCGCGCACAACUAUUUUGAUAUUAUGUUUGACUUUUCUGGCAAGUUUCCACUGACAAAGCAUUUUCCGUGGCUUGUUACGAUGGGUUUGGCGUUGCCGUUGGCAGCGUGGAAGAUUCUGUUUCCGUCUCUGGUUCCUUAUGUUUCGAUCUAUAAAGACUUGCUUGACAGGGCCCAGAAUGCCUGCAUAGCCCACACGGACAAAUCCAAUGUCAACCCGAAAGAUGGCAAGGAGGAUAUAUUCGAGACAAUCCUGACGAGCGAUUUGCCGCCUGAAGAAAAGACUCCUAAGCGCAUGGCUAACGAAGUAUUCAAUUUGCUGGUUGCUGGCAGUCUGACGACGGCCAAGACAGCGACUUACGGAAUCUUUCACGUUUUGGCAAACCCUGAUAUUUAUGAACGAGCCCGGGCUGAGUUGAAGGAGGCAAUUCCAGAUAACAAGUCAAUGCCAUCUUUGAAGACUUUGCAGAAACUGCCGGUUUUGACUGCCAUUAUCAAAGAGACGAAUCGCCUCGGUUGCGUGGUCACCACACGAUUCCCAAUGAUAUCGCCUAACAAGGACCUACAGCAUGGCGAGACAGCCAUUCCUGCAGGAUCCUCCAUUAGCAUGACCUAUUGCAAAGCCGGAAUGGAUCCAUCCAUCUUCGCCGAGCCCAACGAGUUCCGACCAGACCGAUGGAUAGCUGGUGAACAAAAACCUCAUGACUACGACCACUAUGUUCUGCCAUUUGGCCGCGGCAGUCGAGUUUGCAUUGGAGCACAUCUCGCAUAUGCACAGUUGUACCUUCUACUCGCAUACGCGUUCCGCUUCUUCGACAUGGAACUGUACGAUACUACGCGUGAGAGGGAUAUAGAUAUCAAGGGUGGUGGGCCGUUGGGGGAGCCUACCCGCAGUACAAAAGGAGUUCGCGUGCGUGUCAAAGGGGUUGUGGCUUGA